CCGUUUGUUUUCUCGUGGUCUCGAACUCGCGCGCUCUCGCCCCCCCCACCCCCGACAAGCGGCGGGGUGGAGGAACGGCGGCGGUGGCAGCGGCGGCUGUAACAGCGGACACACGUCUGUCUCCUCUCCGGCGAACCGGUUCCUCUUCCCCCUCCCUCUCACUGUUUGUUGUGUGUUUGAUGUGUUAAAGCAGGAGCGAGAACGCGAGCAGCGCCAUGAGCAACACUACCGUCGUCCCCAGUACUGCGGGCCCGGGCCCCAGCGGCGGGCCCGGUGGCGGCGGCGGUGGCGGCGGAGGCGGCGGCACCGAGGUAAUCCAGGUGACUAAUGUCUCCCCGAGCGCUAGCUCUGAGCAGAUGCGGACCCUCUUCGGUUUCCUAGGCAAGAUCGACGAACUGCGCCUCUUCCCGCCAGAUGAUUCACCUUUGCCAGUCUCUUCCCGUGUCUGCUUUGUUAAGUUCCAUGAUCCGGAUUCAGCAGUUGUGGCACAGCAUCUGACAAACACUGUAUUCGUUGACAGAGCUUUGAUAGUCGUACCAUAUGCAGAAGGAGUUAUUCCUGAUGAGACUAAGGCUUUGUCUCUGUUGGCACCAGCUAAUGCAGUGGCAGGUCUUCUGCCUGGUGGUGGACUCCUGCCUACCCCUAACCCAAUUUUACAGAUUGGCGCUGUUCCACUGGCUGCUUUGGGAGCUCCUACUGAUCCUGCCCUUGCUGCACUUGGGCUUCCUGGAGCAAACUUGAAUUUGCAGUCUCUUGCUGCAGAUCAGUUGCUGAAGCUUAUGAGUACUGUUGAUCCCAAGUUGAAUCAUGUAGCCGCUGGUCUUGUUUCACCAAGUCUGAAAUCAGAUACCUCUAGUAAAGAAAUAGAGGAAGCCAUGAAGAGAGUACGAGAAGCACCGUCCCUAAUAUCUGCUGCUAUAGAACCAGGUAAAGUAUUAUAAGAAGAAGAAAAACGAAGGCACUCAAGAUCAAGAUCGCGUUCUAGAAGGAGGAGGACUCCCUCAUCUUCUAGGCACAGGCGAUCAAGAAGCAGAUCAAGAAGGAGAUCACCUAAGUCAAGAAGUAGGCGACGAUCCAAAAGUCCAAGACGGAGAAGAUCUCAUUCCAGAGAGAGAGGUAGAAGGUCAAGGAGCACAUCAAAAACCAGAGAAAAAAAGAAAGAAGAUAAAGAAAAGAAACGUUCCAAAACACCACCAAAAAGUUAUAGCACAGCCAGACGUUCCAGAAGUGCAAGCAGAGAGAGACGACGACGACGAAGUAGGAGUGGCACAAGAUCUCCUAAAAAGCCUAGGUCACCUAAAAGAAAAUUGUCUCGCUCACCAUCCCCUAGGAGACAUAAAAAGGAGAAGAAGAAAGAUAAGGACAAAGAAAGAAGCAGAGAUGAAAGAGAACGUUCAACAAGCAAGAAGAAGAAAAGUAAAGAUAAGGAAAAGGCGGAAAGAAAAUCAGAGAGUGAUAAAGAUGUGAAAGUUACACGGGAUUACGAUGAAGAGGAACAAGGGUAUGACAGCGAGAAAGAGAAAAAAGAGGAGAAGAAGCCAACAGAACCAAGUUCCCCUAAAACAAAAGAAUGUUCUGGAAAGGGAACUGGUGAUUCACUAAGAGAAUCCAUGAAUGGGGAUGAUCAUCAUGAAGAAGACAUGGAUAUGAGUGACUGAAUAUUGCCUCCAUGGGAAUCCAACUGUAUACAUGCAUCAGUGUCAUUCCUUUGUGUGAUUUCUUAAUGCUGUAUUUGUUCAUCUCAAACCUAGAUGUAUACAGCUCUGAGUUAUAAAUGGUUAUAAAGCUCCUGAUAUUGAUAUUAGUUAUUUACAUCCAAAGCUUUUAGAAAAUGACACAUGAGUAACCAAUUCUUGACAUGGUGAAAUCCGAUUGAGUAUCCAAGCAGUUUUACUAUUCUGGUGCUGCUUCAUAACAAAAAUGAAAAGCUGCAUGCAUCUACAGCAGGCAUGGAUUGUUUAUGUUGUAUGAUCUCCUUAUUAUAAGUAAGUUCACUUAUAGUAUUUCUAGAAUUUGAUUCAUUGCCGUAAUAGAGCCAUGUAGGGAAUGCACUGAUUGCAUGUUAUUGUGGCAGGAAUAUCCUAAAUGUCAUUAAAAUCCUCCAACAUGAUGGAUCUACUUAUGGUCUUGUUUGUUGACAUGACAAAUUAACAUUCUUACAGUUACACCUGAAAAUGAACAUUUGAAAUAGAUAAUCCUUUAAGCCUUGCGGCUAAAUUUUUGUGGCUUUUGUUUAACUUUGAAAGGUUAUAUAUGCACUAACCUUUUUUGAUGGCUGAUUAGGCUUUAAUUACAGAAACAAGAUUUCAAAUGAAACUGUCUUUGGCAGUGAGUAAAUAGCAUAUUUUGAAGUAGAGUUGUAUACUUUUUCAUAAGGUGUUUGGGAAUUUUUUUUUCCUGAAAUAAUUUAUUCCACGUCUACAUCAGUGAAAGCUUCUGCCUAUCCUGAGUCCAUCUGUAAGAGAAAAGUUAUCUCUUGUCCUGAUUUUCAUUUUCCACUUUUAUUAAUUUGUUUUAAUCUCAGUGUUGGAAAAAGAGGGUAGUGCAUUUUAAAUUGACCUUCAUAUGCUUUUAAAAUAAGACAAAUCUACUUGAUAAUGUACUUUUUAUUUGAUCUCAAGUUGUAUAAAACCAAUAAAUUUGUGUUACUGUUACUGCAGUAGUAAUCUUAUGCACACAGUGAUUCCAUGUUAAAUGCAAAGUAGUUAGGCAACUGUUUUCUUAGUUACAGGAGUUUCAAGCUUCACUUUUGUGCAGUAAAAACAAAAGUAGGCUACAGUCUGUGCCAUGUUGAUGUACAGUUUCUGAAAUUGUUUUACAAGACUUUGAUAAUAAAACCCUUAAACUCAUGUUCAUGUUCCUGUAAAACUGUAUUUGUAUUUAUUUACACUGUUGAAUGUAUGACAUUUACCUCAUUCAUUUUACAAAUCAAGUUCUUUCCCCUUUCAGUCCACAUAUUGAAAUACAGUAACGAGAUGAAAUCCGUCAGUGUAGCGAUUAGUUGCCAUCAGAAUUGUCAAAGUUGGUUUUAUUUCUAUCUAAAACAGUCUUAGUGUAAUUUUAUUUCUCAUAUUCUGGGCGUAGGAAUGGGGUUGAGUAAAGCAGUUAACUUUAGGAUAAAUGAUCCACCUAUAUCUAGUAAAUUUAUAUUUUCAGUGAAAUAUAAAUAUUUGCCUUUUCUGGAAUAGUAUAGAAACUGUCAAUGGUAUGUAUCUACUGUAAAAUACUAAAUAGUAUAUUUAUUCAGUUAUGAAAUGAGUAGUGUUUGGCUGGCAUUAAGGAGAAAAUGAGACUUGGAAUUGUAGCUUUUAUGCAAGUUUGAGUAUAAUUUUUUUUAACUUUUAAAAUGCCAUAUAGAAAAGCAGCAUUGUUUUUACAGUUUGUAGUAAGUAACUUUUUAAAGAUUUUAUCAAAGGAAUUUUGUCUAUAGUGAGUAAAAAGUUCUAGUAAUGGUCCCAUUGCGUUUUUUAAACACAAAGUUGAAGACGAAUGACAUUUGUUUAAACUUUCGAAAACUUUUUUAGUAAGGGUUGAACCAUAUGACAUUGCCAUUUUUGUAAGUCAAAAAACAAGUAAAAUAUUGGCAGUUUCAUGUGGUUGAACCUAAUAGUAAAACCUGU